AUGGUAGAUUCCUUAAGGUUUGACAACAGAGUCGUAAUAAUCACUGGGGCAGGAAGUGGACUAGGUAAAGCAUAUGCUCUUGAAUUCGGAAAAAGAGGCGCUAAAGUAGUAGCCAAUGAUUUAGGAGUCUCAAGAAACGGAGAAGGCCACUCAUCAAGAGUAGCUGAUAUAAUAGUCCAAGAGAUCCAAAAACUAGGAGGAAUCGCAGUUGCGAACUACGAUUCAGUUGAAAACGGAGAUCGCAUAGUAAAAACAGCAAUUGAAAACUUUGGAAGGGUAGACAUUGUCAUAAACAAUGCAGGAAUAUUAAGAGAUUCAAGCAUCCUUAAAAUGAAAGAUGCAGAUUGGGAUAUCAUUAUGAGCAUUCACUUGAAAGGAGCAUUUACUGUAAUUAAAGCGGCUUGGAAAUAUAUGAAACAACAGAAGUUCGGCAGAAUCAUCAAUACUUCAAGCGGGUCAGGAAUUUAUGGAAACUUUGGCCAAGCAAACUAUGGGGCAGCUAAGAUGGGAUUGCAUGGGAUGACUUUGUCAUUAGCGAAAGAAGGAGAAAAAAAUAAUAUCAGGAUCAAUUCAAUAACUCCAGUUGCUGCUUCAAGAAUGACUGAAGACUUGUUGGCUCCUGAAAUACUAAAUAUAGUAACCCCUGAAAAAAUUGUUCCUUUAGUCGUUUAUCUGUGCCAUGAAAGCUGCAAUGAUACUGGAGGACUUUAUGAAGCUUGUGGAGGACUCAUCACUAGAGUAAGAUGGCAAAGAUCACCAGGAAUAUUUUUCUCAGGUCAGUUUUCAGCUGAAGAUGUGCAGGCAAGGUGGAGAGAAAUUAACAGUUUUGAAACUACCAGGCUAGGGAAUCCAGAUUACCCUACAUCAACAACUGAUACUUUGAAAAAGGUUUUAUACCUGAUACAAGAAACGGCUAAGCCGAAGCUUUAA